ACUCUGAAUGAAAUGUGAAUCACAGUCUACUCGGGUCUAACAAUUUUCUACGAUGAUGGAAAGCAUAUGCAUGUGGAAACUUUGGAAAGUAAGGAAUAUUGUGCCACAUAAUAAUAAUUCGCUUGUUCGGAUUUUUACCGUAACAUAACAAACACGACAUCCUAUUAACGUAAGUGAGUCAGGUGUCAUGAGACUUUGCAAAAGGAAAGCGGAAGAUUUUCUGUUUUUUGGACGCUCUAACCACUUCCAAAUGCUAUAGAAAUUGCAAGAACAAUGCUCAUGAUAGUCAUCUAUAAGUAGGAUACAAUGGCGACGUCCCCUAUGGAAUUUCUGGAGGCAGGAGAGGCAGAUCCGCUGCUUGCUGCUAGAAUGAUACGAGACCCAACAGCUAUGACUUCAAUGCCCGUUGCUGUGACACAAGCUAUCAACACACCAAAGCCACAUCAAUCAACUGCGGGAACAUCUGGGGGACCAGUAAGUCCAAGCUGGAGACAGGGCUAUGAACAGAGAAGAAGGGUGGAGAACUUUAGGGCUCAGCAGUAUAAUACUUUCCUGGACAUUCGGUCCUCAGAUGUUGCAGAUGUCCCACCUGUAGAUAACCCAACCACUAUUGCCCUGAAUGUCUGUAAAAAGAUGGUACUCAGGCCCUAUCUCAGACUACUUAGAGGGAUUGGCUGGUAUCCAUUAUUCACUGACCCAGAGAAACCAUGGCAACAAUGUGUCAACAUUGGGUGGGUGGUAAUAGUAGUGGCCCUCAUAUUCCUGGGAUAUAUCAUACAAUUUGCUGGCUGCUUUAGACGUGACAGGGCAAUCGCAUCAAAUUCAUUUGCCAUGGUGAACCUGUCAGGUCCGAACGCGACGUACAACGGCACAGUUUCUCCCAUUCCACUUCCUGUGGAGAUCAGUUGUACAAAGUACUUGAUCUCCCAGUAUAUCAUACCAGACCUCCUACACUCUAUAGCUUACUUCUACUGUCUAUAUUACAUGAGGAUAUCAGAUACUGAGCAGCUGGUGACCCUUAUGGAGAGGGUGUUCCUCCAGUCCACAGAAACCCAUACAGGAUAUCUCUCUCAGAAGAACCUAAUACAGAGAUUAAGGUUGAUAUUAUGGACAGGAUUUAUGUGGGUUGUAUUCUCUCUUGUGGUUGUAGUGCUGCAGAUAUUAGCUCAGUUUGACGAGAUUGACUUUACUUGGCUAUAUCCAAGAGACUUGACGGGUAAAAUAUUCCUCUACAUAUUCAUGGUAAUGGGACUCCUUGUGCUGGACAUUGUUUAUGUUGCCGUGGUUACCAACUAUUCUGUUCAAUGCGCUCUAAUCAUAUUCUAUAUAAGAGGACUCAAGGUGAAGGUCAUGGAGAAAAUUAUUGAUCUGCAGCAGUCAAUAAAGUGUAUCCAAGAGACAGAACAUCAUUUAAAGAAACUCAAUGACAGCAACGCAACAGCAGUUUCCAUAGUAACCUUCAAUUUCCUCACCAUGGUAGUUCUAGGUGCAGAUGCUUUUCUGGACAAAGAUCACAAUGGGUUUACUCCAUUGAUGUAUCUCACCACAGGUCUCAAUCUCUUCACCUGGUUCUGGAUUAUGUCAAUUCCUUUAUUACAGGCUGUGCUGGUCACUGCUGCAUGCAAUUCCCUUCGCAAACUUGGUCAUGAGGUUAGAGCAAGACCUUUUGUCUACCAGGACUCUGAUCGUGAUGAACUGGAUUCAUUCUUGAUGUAUACUUCUACAUUGAACAUGAGGGCAAAAAUCUUCAAGAUUCCAAUGAGAUCCAGUUACAUCUGUGGUCUGGUGGUGUUGGUCUGCUUUGUCAUACUGGUGCUCUUUCAGCUCGGAGUCAUUUCCAUAUGGCUUGUAAAAUAACUUUAUAUCAUAAGCAGUAUUUUUGACUUUAAUGCAGCUAGAGAAACUCAGACUGCAUAUUACUUUGCAUUUCUGUCGAUUUGUCAUAAGUGUCAAUAUAUUAGUUGACAUUCCAAAUACUGUAUAUAGGCGCAACUCGCGGCAACUGUCUUUCAUCAAAACUUAGCUCAGUGCUUUGAUGCAUGUCUCGGGAAUGUUCAACACAAUUUACUUAUGAUUGAGGUUGUACAGUGAGUGCAGUAGAAGAAUGCAGUAUUCCUGAUGUUUGUAGAAGCUUCAGAACUUCAAAAGUAAUGCUUUUUAUUUCAUCGGUUUUGUUAUUUCAUAUUUAAGAAGUACUAUACUACAUUAGUAUAUGUAGGCCUAUAGUAAAGGAUGUGUUGUUGCCUCGUACUUUUAAGAUUUUUCUCAAUUAUUUUGUUUAUCAUAUAUCAAUUGUAUAUCACUCAAAUUUAUAGCCACCAGUAUUGUACAAAUGUCGGGAAUAUCCCCAAAUUAACACAGUUAAAUGGAUCAGAGGGGGCAGAGAUAAAAAGGAUUGUGAGAGAAAUGUUGGCAUAAAGUAACAUUUUUCACACUUUAUCCCUUAUAAUUCAUUUAACUGUAUUAUACACUUAGGUUACUCAUUGAGGGUGUAUUUGGCUCAAAGGUCAGUGAUGUACAUCUUUCCACCAAGGGCUGGUUCUGUUUUAACAAUGUUUGAACCAUGGUCAGCACAGCAAUGCAUACUGUACAUAAACUAUACACAUAGAUUGUCCAAUUUUGUAUUAUCUUACUAAUUAUAUACAGUUACAACUUACUACGCAUUUUGCAUAUAUGAGGAGAUAUUUCUGAUCUUGGGGACCUUGUAGGGGUUCAGCUGCUUUUAAGAAUUGACCAAAUAAAAAUUGGAAGUCAAUAACUUUUACUAAGGGAAAACAAAUGAAAAAUUAUUUUCCUAAAAUUUCUAUAUAACUUUGUGCCCUUUUAUAAUUUUAUUAGGCCUAAUGUAGCUUUGACUAAGUCUGUAUUUUAUUUUACUUAUCUUGAUGUUCACUAAGUAAAAGUAUAAAAUAAAUGAAAAACAGACUUAGGCAAGGCUAGACCUCAUGAUUAGAUAUACCUACUUUGGUAGUUGCUUGCAGUACAGAUUUAAAGGAGUACUUAUCCCGAUAUUGUAUAUUACACUGUGAUUUAUAUUUUAUUUAUAUAUACAUUUCAUGAUAAUUAUAUAAUGCUUUCCUAAUGGCCAAAUUAUGCUUCAUCUUUAUGUUUUUUGUAAUCACCAAGAUAGUCUGUUUUUAGCUUUAACUUUUGUAAUAAUUUGAAUUAUCAUAUUUAUGUUUACUUGAAUUUUCUAUUGUGGAUCAAGAUUAGGUAGAGC